UUUCAACAUCACUGUCUUUGUCUAAGACAGUGAUGUUGAUCACCGUUUUGGUCUAAAACGAUGAUACAUCACCGCUUUAGACUAAAGCAGUGAUGUUAUCACCGCUUUAAACCAAAGCAGUGAUGCCAUCAUCGCUGUCAAGGACGACAGUGAUGGCAUCACCGUUGAUGUGGCAGGCAGUGAAGCCUUCACCGUUGGAUCCAACAGCGGUGAAGGGGCGCGGAUCGCUGACGUGGACGCGCGCGGGCACUUCACCGCUGAAGACCAAAGCGGUGAUAGCCCCGCUUUCCACGUCAGCGAUCCGCCCCCCACCCCGCGCCUUCACCGCUGCCGUCGGAUGCAGUUAUGCGCGGAUUGUGGUUUUUCUCCACAAUCCGACGCAUCAGGAGAGGCCACGUCAGCGAUCCCUGCACAUCACCGCGUCCAACAAAGGCGGUGAUGGCGCUGUGUUUGUUUGGGGCGGUGAUAACUGGCCAGGUUUUUUCCCAGCCCCAAACCCUAUAAAUUACCCAUCCCCCCUCUCAUUCCAAACCACACCACCACUUCAUACUUCUUUCUCCCUCCAUUUUUCACUCUAGUUUCGUUCUAAGUAUGCUCUGUGGUUGCGGCUAAGUCCGAUCUUCCGCAUCAGAAAGAAUUACUAGAGUUUUUGUUUUGUUGUUUUGUCGAUACUCUCGCUAGCUUUUCGGCAAAAAAUGGACGAAGAGGCUUUGAGAGUACGUAAAUUUAUUUAAUUCUUUUGUGCAUUUUUUUUUACAUGGGUGCUAAAAUUUAAAUUGAUUUGAUUUCAUAUUUUUUUAUAGAUGGGUGCUGAGAUAUACGACCCUAGAUUGUAUAUCGAUCCUGGCCCAAGGGAUCGAAGGUAUUUAACCGGGCAAGAUCAACAUCGCUCUCGUUCAAUUUGGAACAAUAAUCCGGUAGAUACACUACAAUUAUUUCAAUAGUUUUAAAGUUUUUAUUUUGCUUUCUAAGUUUUUAUUUUGCUUUCUAUUGACUGACAAUAUUGUGUUUUUUGUUUUGUAGGAAUCACUUAUUCCCAUCAGUCAUCGAGGUACAUGUCGAUUGCCCCGUUGGCAUCCUCGACUGCAUCCCUAUCUAGAGAGGGCGGGAUUGCACAAUUUGAGGCACUUUAUGAGGCUAGAUAUUGACAACGAUCUGCUGACGGCAAUGACAGAGCGAUGGCGCCCUGAGCUGCAUACCUUCCACUUUCCCGAGGGUGAAAUGACGAUCACCCUCAAAGAUGUUGCCAUCCUCACCGGGCUCCCGAUCACCGGAGAUGCCAUCAUCGACAGCUCGAGAAAACCAGAAGAUGGUUGGGGGCCAUUGAUUCAGGAACGUCUGGGGUUCAACAUGCCGACCACCACGCCCGUCGAAGGGGUUGGGCAUCCACCACUGAAUGCGGGGCAAGUAUCGAUCCCGUGGCUUGUUGACCACAUCCAAUUGGAGGUUAAUAUAGGCCUGGAUACUCCUGAAGAUCAGGUGGAGCGGUAUGCACGUGUAUACCUAAUUGCCUUGGUUGGUGGGUUUCUGUUCCCCGACAAGUCAAAUAAGUGGAUACAAGGCAUGUGGUUCCCUAUGCUCCUCGGUGACUGGGACGAGAUCGGGAGAAAAAGUUGGGGGUCGGCCGUCUUGGCUGGAAUCUACCGAGAGUUGUGUACUUGCUCGAGGUUGGGAGCGAAACAAGCUGGUGGUGCGAUGUUCAUACUUCAACUCUGGGCAUGGGAGCAUCUUCCGUUUCUCGCACCUCAAGACCCUCGGGAAUUCUGGUUGCCAGAUGAUGAGCUACGAUUUGUAGCAAAUCUUCUUGCCAAAUUUGUGUUGGAAAUUGGCUAGGAAGUGACGAAUACACCAACGCCAUGUCC